AUGUCGACUAUGGAUCUGAGGUAAAACAAAACAAUUUUAGCUUCUUUCUGGCCGCUUCUCGGAAUUCUCCCCCAGGAAAUCCACUAUUAUUAGACACUCUUGACAAUUUUGAAAUAGUUUGGUUUUCUACGAAAAUCUCUAAACUUUGAGCGGUUCCCGAUGAGCUCGAGCUCAUUCAUCCAUUCCAUUAAUGCGGAUUUCCGUAAUGACCCAUCUUCGGUCACAAAUCGUUGGACACACAAAUCCCCCUCCCCCAGAAAAGUUGAGAAUCUGUGUGCUGAGCCACAAAUAAUAGUCUUAUCUCUAAGCCUAAUGCCAGUUUCAGAAGGAAGCUCAGCGACUCGCGCAGCUCUUCCGACUCGUCUUCGGAUGUGAACCAGAAGACGUCGCUGGAGAUUCACUCGCUUGGCGGCGCCACGUCGCCUUCGCUUCUUCCGAUUUCGGUGAGCAAAACAGACAGAGUCAGCAACAUAUUUCGCAGUUAAUCCUCUGAAAUGAUUGACUGCUAAUUGCACUUGGAAUGCGCCACUCUUCACGAAAAAAGAGAGAGAGAGAGAGACAGUCUAGGCUUCAAAGCUCAAGCAAGCGUGUUCGAAAGCAGAAAUUUAGUUUUCGAAAACACUUCAUUUCUUUCUUUUUGUUUUCUUUGAGCAAAGAAAGAAUCAGUGAAAUCACACAGAAAACUGAAUUUGUGUUCUGUCUGGCCCGAAAGCUUGAACGGGAAGCGAACUCGAACUCAAACCGCAACAACCAAAAAGACAGUGUGUGUUCAGUGGGCAAACAAGACACUUUGCAUGUCAAACUGGUACUAAAAGCGGUGGCCGAAUGAUGUCAUGCCACGUGAAGCUUUGAGUUCUCUAAUUGUUCUGGUGACUCGACAAUUCAGCACCUUCCUCUCUCGCCUAUAAUUUCAGCCCACGUGCAAGUUCACCAGACAGUGACGACGUGCCACUUGAGAAUUAAGAGCAUAGAUCGUGUUCCGUAUGCUCGGCGCUCUUUAAACUUUUAUAGAUGUUCGUUGCACAGCUGAUUGACGAUUUCCGAAAGGAAACAGCCCACGUCACCCUAAAAAUAUAGAUGAAGAGAAAUAUAGAGAGAGAGUGCAAAACUAUCUAUCCGUUUCGCCGGCGGCAUACUUGCCAAUUUGAGCAAUUUGACAGGGAGGAGCAGGCGGGGGUGGGCCCCCGAUGUGUUAGGUUCCAAUUAUAUGGAGACGAGUGAUGGCGGGUGAGGAGAGGAAGCGGAUGACGUGGCCGAGGGACUGACUGACUGAUGACAAUCACUCGCGGCUGUUGAAAAGAACGGAAGGAGAUGGGUUUCCGGUUGAGAAGACUUUUGGACUCGGCUUGAGAGAGUUGAGGACAGAAAUGAUGUUUGAAAGGAAAACCAAGAGCUCGAAGAAUUUCGUGGGGAGAUGGAUGGUGAAUCUAUGCAGACGAAUCCAGGAUUCCAACCAGAUUGCUUUCUUCUUCUUUGAGAGUAUCAAGAUUAUUCUUUGAGAGUCUCAAGAUUCAAUCAGACUGACAAUUGCCAAGUAAAUACUUCGUACCAAGAAUGAUAAUUCUGCCAAAUUAGGGUCCGAAAACGAGUCGGCCAAAGGUCGAAUCGGCUCCGAAGUUCUUCUUGCAAACUUCUGAAAUCAGCUGUAAAGCUAUGUUCAAAGCAAAUAUCGUUUUUCAUGGUUUUUGAACGUGUACUUCAUGUUCCGAAAACCAACUUCGCUCCGAAGUAAGCAAUUUUCUUUACAAUUGGCCAGGAUCCCCACAAUGGCGAAUUCGCUUGCGCAACGCGAGCUAACAAACCGCGAAAACUUUUGUCUGAUUUGCCAGAACGAUAAUCGAAUUGCAAUUAGGCGACGAUUCGGCGCCAGAAUCCACAUUUAUCAGAGUCCCCGCUGGUCGGACUCACAACAAUCGCGCAUUCAUGAGCCCCAUCAAUCCUCCUUUUUUGAUCUAUGUGUCUGUGAAACGAACAAUGAACACCGGAAAUCUGUUCGCGAUUAUGGUGACGAAAUACCCCGGGGACGGACUUUUUCUCUUUCUCCUAUUUCUGUCUUCUUCGCAUAUUAUGUGUUGCCUGCUUCUGCUGGCUACGCCCGCACGGAUAAUUGCCAUAAUAUCUGAAAAACGGGGAAGGGAGAGAAAGAAAAAGAAAAAGAAUGAAUCCAUGUGCAAGUCUCGAAAGUUUCGUCCGUUGUUUAGCCAUUCCGAUCUUCUUCCUUAAAAUUUUGCGCGUAUUGUUGAGUUUAUCCAAUUUCGUGAAGGGUUGUGUUGUCGAGACAUGUGUAUGUGUGUGUGUUUGUCGGAUUUAUAUUUACGAGUAUAGGAAGACAUCUUCUUUUUCUUUCUUUUUUUUUGUUGAAAACUGUGAGUCCCAAAUAUCGGCUCCCUGACGUCUCGACACCCGCGUGAAUUUUGACAGUGAAAUUAAUCGCUAAGUAAUUCACGUUAGUUGCGAAACGUCUCGUCAUUAUCCCCCUUUUCUCAUUUUCCACGUGCAUCUCUAUUGUGAAAUCUGACGCGCUGACAUUAUAUCGAAAGAAGCACGUGUGCUUGAAGCCCUAUAAAUAGAGUAAACGUUUCCCGAAAAAGACGCACUGUUACGUAAUAGAAAGCUGAAAAUAUGGACUUGCUUUCCACCUGAAAUUGAGUCACUUCAAUAAAAAGUUCCUCCCUCUCAUAUUACUCCUACUACUACUAAACACUACUAUAAUAAUGUGUGCAAUUGGAUAUGUAUGAGACCGGACUUUAUCCUUUUUCGUUCUCUUUUUUGCUCGCCCACUAUUCAUCAGGACUCUUCUUGGUUGAAUGAAUGAAAAUAGCAGGUGCCUUUUCCCUCUCAUUCUUUUUCUAAUUGGGUUUCGUUUCCAUCGAGUACGCCGUAUGUUGCUAGGCUCUGGCGGGUGUUUAUUUCGUGUUUCACCUCAUUUCUGAUCUCGAUUCUCUUGUUCUUCGCCGUCGUCGUCGCGACAUCAUCUAACGUUUCACUAUGAAUAUUCAUGAGUCCGAGGUGAGAAAUGAUAUGAGUUUAGCGAGCGAGCGAGCGCCUAAUUUAUUUGAUGUGACUGGUUUUCGAGCGGGAAAAAGAAAGAGUCAGGGAGAUGUCUGGGCGGUUACAGUAACCAGGGGAAGGCGAAAACAAAAUAAUAAUUGCAGAUAAGAAGCCUAUUCUCUUCUUCUUCUUCUUCGAAAUCUUUGACGAUUAGGACCUUCGGUUCUCACUCGUUCGUCUUCUUUUCUUCUUCUUCUUCUUCUUCUCCUUCUUUUCCGAACAAAAAUAGAAGAGGAGGCACACAGAAGAAGCUGUUUAUUUUCCAAACGGCCACAUCACAUCAACUCAAUUUCCAAUUUCAAAUUGCCGCGCCAUCGAGCCGGAGCCUGAGAAAAAGCGAAGAAGAAGUCGUUCGUUUUCUUGGCCAUUCGAUUCUAUAGUCGUUCCGUGUCACUCUUCUUGACCUGGCCUCAUUUGAAUUCUCCAUGAACUCGGAAUAGGAAGAGGAGAAGAAGAGGAAGAAGAAAACAAAAAGCGUGCGGGGGGAGGGGGACCCAUUAGAACAUUUCCCCUUCUGCACAUCGCGGCUCAUUCAUCCAGAAGUCAUCUUCAUCGUCCCCACCUUUCCCUCAGCCCAUCCGACCUUUGUGUUUGUGUUUAUCCUUUGGCCAGUUGGAAUCCUAAAAUAAUCAUAGUAAGGGAUUAUCAGACACUAUGUCUGCUGAUCUCUUUUUCUAUCCAAUUACUCGCUGUUUUCGUAUCCCAAAAAGAGGUGCUCGACUCAAUUAUCACCGGAUGAUUACUGAUCAUUCUGUCGCGAAUCUUUUCCUUUCCUCUGUUUUGUUUGACGGCAGGAAGCGAAGAGACAACACGAAUUCGCAUUUGAGCACGCUCCACGGAUUCCGUGUCUUCUCCCGCCUUUUCUUUCGUUUUAUUUCCACAUCUUGCAGCCGUCAAUGCACUCGAACGGUAUUUCCCGCGGCCACAACGGAGACAGUCGUCGGAGCAGCAUGGUCGACGCGACCGGACGCUUCUGCAGUCAGCCGACGAGCGGCUCUCCAGAGGUACCCCCGUUCCCCUUCCCUUUCACCGAAAACCCGUUCUCUUGCAGAUUCUCGUGGGACUCUGCUACGACGACAAGCACGAGGUGGUGUCGGUUUGCAUUGAGAAGGCGUCUUCGCUCGGCGCCGACACUGCUCAUCCUCCAGACUCGUUCAUCCGAAUCAUCGGACUGGACGAGUUCAGCACCGAGCUCUCUCGCCACAAAACGGACACGGUCAAACACUCGACGCAGCCGGUGUACAGCCAUCAUUGCACCAUGAGGGUGAGCCCAAUUUAGCCGGGGCAUGUGAUGCUGACUCUGCUUUGAGUCGGUCACACUUUGACGGCUAGUAACAGUGAUCGAAAAGACACGGUGAUUAUCUGAAAGCAAAACACUCAAAAUGCGGGGUAGAGACCAGAAACCAAUUAUUAAUUAUGAGAGAAACGGAGAACACUUUUAGAAUCCUGAAAGCAAGAGCUUUUGAACCAUGGAGGUCAUGCUCACUGAAAAUUCACAAAACUGAUUGUAUCUGAACCAUUUCAGUUCUCAAAGGACAAGCUGGAGACAUCGACGGUGCGUGUGGAAGUGUGGACGGUGACCGGAUUGCUCCGUCGGAAGCAGCAAGUCGGCUCGAUCUCCAUCGGAUUCGCUUCGUCGACGCCGGACGCCAACGAGCACUGGCAACAGAUGAUGCAGGUAUAUGAUGACACUUUCUAUCCCUUUCUUUUCCAUUUCCUCUUCAUUCUCGUGCCGUCGUACUCGAAAGGUAUCUUUCAUGGAGAUAUCGGCCCAUCCCUUUCAAUAGUUUGGUCUCUUUUGUUUACCGGUUUGACCGAAAGUCGAAAUGAAUGAAACGGAAAGUACAGAGAAACUUUUGAAAUUAAGGACAAUCGUGUGCUGGGCUGAUAAUUGAGACAUCAGAAGUGGAGGAAAGGGGUCACAAGUUUGAUUCACGUGGGUUUCAAUGAACGACCAUCAGUACUUGGUCGAACUUUAAGAAGUGAUGAAGACUUUAAUUUUUUGAAAGAAAAACACUACAGUGAUCGUUUGAUUUUCACCAAAUUCCUAGUAAGCGUCCAAACACCAUUCUCGUGUUGGCGAAGACACAGAGACUGGGCCCUAACUUUUGGGCCACUUGUAAUAAUUGAACUUGUAAUUGUAAUAACUUGUAAUGUAAUAAUUGAACUAACAUCCUAAUAUAAUCUGAAAUCGCUCAUUCUCAACGGAUCGAACUUCAGCACAGCCUGCAGACACUUGAAAUCGCCCAAUUUCAAUCGAAUCCUGAUCAUCUUCUCCAAAUUCUUGCGUUUUGCAAGUGAUUCGCAUAAAUCGUCCUCCGUCUGCCCCCCUCCCCUUAUCAUAUUCUGGGUGCAAACCCAUCCAUCCCCGUCGCGUCCCUGUCUGCAACCCCGUUUUGAUUCCGUCUCCUGCGACGGCGGCUGCUGCAUCUUUAAAAAGUUCAAUAAACCGCGACGACGACUUCCCCGUCGUCACCCUUAUCAAAGAUCAACGGGACUUUGCCCCUGGCCUUAUCACUGUCCACGUGGACGCCACGUUCACUCUUCUUCUGAAGCGAGACGGCGUCGCGGGCAAGGCAAGCACGAGACCCCCGAUCCCCUCAUCUUUUGUCCCCUCAAACGACGAUAAAAGAUUUUCGUGGUGACGUAAGCAAUCGAUUUAAUAUUAUCGUUUCAGGGCGCCGGAAUCACCGUAUCCAAGUGGCAUGCAAUCCAGUCUUCAGAUGCCUGAACUCUUCACAAAACUUCACUUUCCUCUUUUUCCCCCUUUUUUUAUAAAUAAAGACAAUCAGUCUGCUUAACGGUAAUCGCCGCUUGUUAACCAGCUAGAAGAUCCUUUACCCAUUUCCAGAUCCCGAAUCUCUAG